AUGUCGCCAUUGAUGGCGUUCAUAGUAGUUCUCGCUCUGACUACCCUUUUAACCUUCUCUUCUUCCAACGCUGCAGACCUUGAAACCUACAUUGUCCACUUAACCUCACCCAAUGAUCUCGAAUUUUAUCAAAAAGAAGAUCGCCAAAGCUGGUACAACUCAUUUUUGCCGAAAACCACUACAGUUUCGAAUGACCAACCAACAAUGGUUUUUGCAUAUCAUAAUGUGCUUACCGGUUUCGCAGCAAAACUGUCAGUGGAGCAUGUGAAGGCCAUGGAAUCCAUGAACGGGUUUGUCUCCGCAAGACCUCAAAGAUUUUACAAGACUCAAACAACCCAUACACCCAACUUCUUGGGCUUGCACCAAAACUUAGGGUUUUGGGCUAAUUCCAACUAUGGAAAAGGGGUGAUCAUCGGUGUUCUAGACACCGGAACAACUCCAGGCCAUCCUUCUUUCGAUGACACCGGAGUCUCUCCUCCACCAGCAAAAUGGAAAGGAAAAUGUGAAAUUUCAGGAUGCAAUAACAAAUUGAUCGGAUUGCGGGAUCUCACCGAGGGUGAAAACGGUACGCGAUUUGAUCAAGACGGACACGGGACCCACACUUCAAGCACCGCGGCCGGAAACUUCGUCAAUGAUGCAAAUGUAUUUGGAAACGCUCAAGGGACCGCGGUGGGGAUGGCCCCACUCGCACACUUGGCAAUGUAUAAAGUGUGUACGGUGGAAGAUUGUGCGGAGAGCGCAAUCUUAGCAGGCAUGGAUACCGCGGUUGAAGACGGUGUUGACGUGCUUUCACUCUCACUUGGUGCCGAAUCCGCUCCCUUCUAUGAAGACGGGAUCGCGUUAGGUGCAUUUAAUGCUAUACAAAAAGGUAUUUUUGUAGCAUGUUCGGCCGCUAACUCGGGCCCGUUUAAUUCAACAUUAUCGAACGAGGCUCCGUGGAUUCUCACCGUAGGGGCUAGCACACUCGAUCGGAAAAUAGCCGUAUCCGUUUCUCUCGGAAACAAGGAUUCCCUCGAUGGUGAAUCUUUAUUCCAACCUAAAGAUUUCCCCAAAACCCUACUCCCGUUGGUGUACCCAGGCUCGAAUGGGGUUCAAGAUACCGCAUGGUGUGCGGAAGGAUCAUUGGACAACGUUGAUGUGAAAGGGAAGCUUGUCGUGUGCGAUAGAGGUGGCGGGAUCGCUAGACUUGAAAAAGGGAAAACGGUUAAGGAUGCGGGAGGCAUGGGGAUGAUUCUUUUGAACCAAGAGUCCGAUGGCGCAAGUACAUUAGCCGAUGCUCAUUUUCUUCCCGCAUCACAUGUCGGUUACAAGGGAGGAUUAGCGAUCAAGGCGUACUUAAACUCGACCGCGUCCCCCAUGGCCACUUUGGUAUUUCGCGGGACUUUAAUCGGCGUUGAUUCGGCUCCCACAGUUACUUCCUUUUCUUCACGAGGGCCAAGCCUGGCGAGCCCAGGAAUCCUGAAACCCGACAUUAUUGGCCCUGGCGUUAGUGUUGUUGCAGCGUGGCCUGUGUCUGUCGAGAACAACACACAAAGCCUCGCUACAUUUAACAUUGAGUCGGGCACUUCAAUGUCUUGCCCGCAUCUCGCUGGCAUAGCGGCAUUGUUGAAAGCCGCUCACCCGUAUUGGUCACCCGCGGCUAUUAAGUCUGCGAUCAUGACCACGGCCGAUCAAGUUAGCCUAAACGGUCAACCGAUUGAAGAUGAACGCGAGCUCCCUGCAGACAUCUUUGCCAUUGGUUCGGGUCAUGUAAAUCCAUCAAAAGCCAAUGAUCCGGGGCUUGUUUUCGACAUUGAGCCUGAUGAGUACAUUCCUUAUUUGUGUGGGCUCGGUUAUACUAGCAAACAAGUUGGAAUCAUUGUGUCAAAAAGUGUUUCAUGCUCGAAAACCAUCCCAGAAGCAGAAUUAAACUAUCCUUCUUUUGCAAUCACAUUAGCAAAGGGCCAAAAGAAAACAUAUACAAGAACAGUGACAAAUGUUGGUGAGGCUAAUUCGAAUUAUGUUCUAUCGGCGAAAAAUAUUAGUGUCCCAUAUGGAGUAACUCUUGCCAUUAGCUAUCCUCGUUUGGUGUUCACAGCAGUGAACCAAAAGUUAACGUAUGAGGUAACGUUUAUGUGGGAUAGUAAGGUGAAGAUCGAUGUUCCUUAUGGCCAAGGAGUUAUGGCUUGGAGUUCGGGUAAAUACUUGGUUCGAACCCCGUUUUCUAUAAAGUUUGUAUAA